AUGUUUUGCUGUCUGAAGAGUUGCCUCAACGGUGUGCUGCCGGCACAGUCCGUACACAUCACGAAAACGGCUAACCCAGUGCAACUGGACUCGUCACAUAUGGGUCAUGAGGUGGUUAUAAUAAAAAACGGAUUGCGAGCCUGCGGAACUGGCGGCGUACUAGCGAACGCGCCGCUCGUCCAGUCCAAAUCAUACUUCGAAGUGAAGCUGCAGCAAUCGGGCCACUGGUCAAUCGGUCUCGCUACCCAGCAGACGGACCUGAAUCAAUCGGUCGGUGGAAAGGACCGGGAAUCGUGGUGUCUUAACUCGAACCACCUUGUACUGCACGGUGGCGAUGUUAUCUACCGCCUGGAUGCCAGCAAGGGCGCUGGUGUACCGAACGGGGGUCAAAACUCACCCGGUCACAGCGUCAACACCGGCGGCACGGUACCUGUCGACCUAGCACCCGUAUCGGCGCCAGCGUUUCCUGCACCCGGCAGUGCCUCCGUUCCGGACAGUGGAUUGCCACAGGAAGGGGACACGAUAGGCGUCGCGUACGAUCAUGUCGAGCUCAAUUUCUACCUGAACGGGAAGAACCUGAACGUGCCGGUGCUGAACGUGCGCGGAACCGUCCAUCCCUGUCUGUUCGUAGACGACGGUGCAAUCCUUGACAUUGUGCUGGACAAUUUUGCGUACGGUCCGCCGCCCGGGUUCGAGCGCAUUCUCGUCGAACAGUCGUUACUUUGA